GGAUUUGUCUGUGGUCAAGUCACAAGACCUUUUAUUUGUUUACAUUUUUUUUUAUAAUUUUUCAAAAGGUUUUUAGAUGCUAAAAUAAGUUACGUAAAGUAGCAAGACGUUUAAAUGGAGGAGAAAAUCCAAAUAAACGAUUUACCAUUAGAAAUAUUUAUUGAAAUUUUAAUAAAAAUCGAUGGUAUAUCUGUUGGGAAAUGCAGAAGAGUGUGUAAAAGAUGGAGAGAUUCAAUCGAUGGAAGCGAUCAAAUAUGGCAUGAAAUGUGUCGAAAAGAAUUCAAAUAUUCCUCUCAAAUAGCUAAGCGAAAAGCUGGGAACGAUUGCCGAUGGUAUCAUGUGUAUAAGAACCUUAAAUUAUGGCUGAAUAUUACAAAAUAUGAUAAAAAAGUGCGGGAAUUUUACAAAUUUUCUCUACACGAUAAAUCACACGUACUCGAAAUUGAUUAUGGAGUGUUACCGUUGAAGGACGCAAGGGGCGUUGUUUUCUACGAUAUAAGUACACUCAAGUACAUUCCUGUUGCAAUUUCUGAUGUAACUUGCAGUAAAAUAGCUAAUAACGAUAAUAUAACAGUUAUUCUUACAAAAUCAGGAUUAUAUGUACAAAAAUGUGUUGAUUCCAAUAAUACCACAGAAGAGUUUUUUAAGGCAGAUAAUUUUGUGCUUGCCGGAGAUGAAUUGUAUUAUUAUAAAAGUAGAGAUGUAUAUAAAUGUGAUUUGACAUCACCAAAUUUAUCAUCAAAUUUGCUAUUACAUUGCAACUAUAGUAUAAAAGAAAUCCAAUAUUGUGGUAGGAUACUACAUUUGUUCACAACAUGUGGCAGAAUUAUAAAUAUCACUAAAGACAAUAUAUCUGAAAAGUUGAUAAACUGUCCGAUAGAAUGGGUAAAGCAUUUGAGGAAUAUUUAUGCAAUAAAUGACCGUAAUUUUGUCUGUUAUUCUCGUCACAUAUUUAAAUUGGAUACAGAUCUGUAUCAUCAUUUAUAUUUAGAAUUUCCACCGAUAACAGCUUUAUUUUUUUACGCGGAUAUAGUCCUUAUAGCAACAAGAGCUGGUGAGUUACUAUUGUACCGUUUAUCUAGUCAAAAAAAAGGAAGAAUGUCUAGACCUAUAUUUGAGACAUUGACAAUUUUUCCUGAAGGAAAAUUUGCUGUGCAAUUGGAUGUUUGUGAAAGGAAAAAUGGACCUUUGAUAGUAGCAUCUACAUUCUUUGAGAUUAUUCUUGUGGAGUACAACUUUUUUCCUCAUGAAGAAGAACCCAAGUGCAGUUUUCCAGUGAACAAAAUCAGCAUGUAUAAAAGAUUACUGAGACUCAAAGAUAGGCUACAGUCUACAUAGAUGGGCAUAGAUGAACACCUCGGUGUUCAUGCUGCUGGUUUCCCCCUUCUCUUAUAAGAAAUAAAAAGAAAGGAUAUAGGGUCUUAGCGGGCAACACAGGGGAUCCAUUUAUAUCUUAAUCUAACCGCCCUCUUAUGUCCGGUGCCCUGGACGGCCCUAUUCAAUGCUGACCAGAUACAUGGUUGUGGGUUAAAUCCACCAUUUGAUUAUUGUUAUAAAGCAUAUUUAUACAAACCUAGAGCUUAAUUGGUACAGUUACAAGAUAAUAUUUGUAAAUUUUAAUUUUGUGAAGAAAAAAACUUUAGUGUGUGGGUUUUGUAUGGUUGUUGUGUGAAACCAUACAAAAUUUUUUUGUUGUUAAUUUAUAAAGUUUGUGUGGU